AUGCACCAAAUUUAUUAUAAAUAUCACUUCAAAUUUUAAUCUUCUGAAUAGACAACUCUCAAUCUACUAGUUUUAUCAGCUCAAACAAAGAUCAUGAGUUCUAAUACUUGUACAAUGUUACUCGUUGCUUUUCUUUUGAUCUUACUCAAAAACACCAUUGCAAAACCAGUGACGUUCGAUCUGAUAGAACUAGGGGCAAAACCUGAUGGCGAAACUGACUCGACAGAGUCUUUUCUUAGUGCAUGGACCGGGGCUUGUGAUUCGGUAAAAUCAGCCGUGAUUUACGUGCCGCGGGGGAGGUUCUUGGUUCAAAGAGUCUACUUGGGUGGCAAAUGCAGGAACAAUAAGAUCUUGAUUAGGAUAGAUGGAGUGCUUGUGGCUCCAGCUGAUUUUCGGGUUGCUGGGAAUGCCUCGAAUUGGUUAGACUUUCAUGGAGUUGAUGGUGUUACCAUCAGUGGCGGGAUCCUAGACGGGCAAGGCACUGGUUUGUGGGAUUGCAAGUUGGCCGGAGAGAAUUGUCCUGUCGGAGCAGCGACACUAACUUUUACGAAUUCGAAGAACAUUGUUGUAAGCGGCUUAACAUCAUUGAACAGCCAACUGUUCCACAUUGUUGUCAAUGGUUGCCAAAACGUGAAGAUGAAAGGAAUCAAGAUCCUAGCAUCCGGCAAAAGCCCAAAUACAGACGGCAUUCAUGUUCAGUUUUCGUCCAAUGUCACCAUCUUAAACUCCAAGAUUAGUACCGGAGACGACUGCAUUUCAAUUAGUGCAGGCACUACAGAUUUGUGGAUCGAAAAGGUGGUGUGCGGCCCUGGCCACGGCAUUAGCAUUGGGAGUUUAGGCAGAGAUUUAACUGAAGCAGGUGUGCAGAAUGUGACAGUUAAAACGGUGACAUUCAAAGGUACAACAAAUGGUGCACGGAUUAAAACAUGGGGAAGGCCGAGUUCUGGUUUCGUAAGGAAUGUUCUGUUUCAGCAUAUAACUAUGAUCAAUGUCCAGAAUCCUUUGAUAAUAGACCAAAAUUACUGUCCAUAUAACAAAGAUUGUCCAGGCCAGUUCUCGGGAGUUAAAAUUAGGGACGUGACGUACGAGGAUAUUCAUGGAACAUCAGCAACCGCAGUGGCAGUGAAAUUCGACUGCAGCAAGAUGAAUCCAUGCGACGAUAUAAGAUUGGAGAAAGUAAACCUGACAUAUAAAAAUGAAGCGGCUGCAGCCUAUUGUGUUAAUGCAGCAGGUACUGCAUCUGGCAUGGUUGUGCCAACAAGCUGUUUGUAGGAGACACACUUACGAGCAAAGAAGUGCGCAUUCACUCGCUAAGCAGCAGAGGCCAAUUAAAGAACGAGCACUUUCUUUGAUGAAGCUAGCAUUUUAAUCUGAAAACAGUGUUUUAAAGUUGUAAAAAGUAGAGGAUUUCUUCUGCUGGUGCCUGUGGUGUUGUUAGCACAUUGCGCUCGCCUGGCCGUGCAGAAAAUAAAUAUAAUCCCGUCAUACUAACAUAGUACCAUAUUUCUUAAUUAUUUGUAAGCAAUCAGCUGUAAAUAUACUCGUCGAUAUCAUAUAAUUAAUUGGUAGAAAUGUACUGGUU